UUGUUCAAAACGUGCAGCAGAACAAUCCACCAAGAUAGUCUGAAAGCCAGUGAGUCUGCUACAUCCCGAUUUGAAUGCAUGUCAAAGAUAGGGUUUAACUGCGAAGGCAACUCACAUACAUCAAUGGAAUUCCUUUAAAAAAAACCACACCCGCGGUCUUUGUGCGUCGCAUCGGAUUGUAACGCCUCUGGGAGGAAAAAAAUAUGGGAACCUAGCCUACCGUCAUGUAUAUAUAGACACAGCACGCUGAGAUCGUGUCUUCACCACGAACGCGAAACCAGAUUCAUCUCUGCAGAUGCCGGAAACACAAACAAUCAGCCCGGCAGCCGCAAUCGUGGUGUAAGACUGUGACCAGCUGGAUACCACUCUAUCGGAUAUUCACACACAACUGCACAAAUGGAGUCGAAAGACCAAGGUAGUGGUGCUCAUGACACGGUCGAUGGCAAAGCAAAAGAUGGCAGAACUCCUCUCAAGCAACUCCCAAAGGCACGGUCUAAUCCACCACCAAGUACACCACUGCGAAGGAGAAGAAAGCGAAUCGGGGGCAAGCGGACGGUCAGAAGCUGCUCAUCGUGCCGUGCUGCCCACGUGAGAUGCGUAGCAGAUCGAUACGGUGUCCCAUGUGAGAGAUGCGCAAAGAAGUCUUGGAUGGACUGCACCCUCAUGCAGAAACCAGAAGAGAAGGCGCCGGCAAAGAACGGGCCUGCAAAUGAACCUGAUAUCAUCCAAACUGGCUCAACGGAUACCGAUGAAUUGAAGAGACUUGCUUGCGACACACUGGUGCUGAUGGCAGACAAGGAAAAAUCCCAGUCGCCAUAGGCGAAUAGCUGACACCGGAGUUGAGAACUCAAAUCAAGACUGGAAACCAGCACACCAACUUAGCCAAUAUCUGUGUCUGGACGGCGAGCGAUGUGAGCACAAUUGAGAUCAACUCAACACAACAGAGGUGGUU